CACUAUUCGAGUGAGUUUCGAGGUAGCUGGAGGCGCGCAAAUUAAACGCUCUACAGACCCAUAAGAUGUGGCCAAAGCUUUUCGCUGGACUCCUGCUCUGCUCUAGUUGCCUCCUAGUCAGAGGAGCUAUUGUGGAGGCAAAGGAGCCGCAGGAUGAGAGUAAGGAUACAGAUGCCAAUACAAAGUCAACCUUAGAGCUUGUUCAUGUGCUUUUUCGACAUGGACCACGGACUCCAGUAAGCACCUAUCCCAAAGACCCAUACUUGAACGAGACCUACGAGCCUUAUGGCUGGGGCCAACUGACUAAUCCAGCCAAAGUGGAGCUUUAUAAAAUAGGCAAACAGCUGCGCAAGCGUUACAGGGACAUUCUCUCGCCCUACUAUCAACCGGAUAUGAUCCACGCAGAAGCCACGCAAUCGUCGCGCAGUAUUAUGUCGCUUCAGCUAGUGCUGGCUGGCCUGUUUCCACCAGAGAAUACUCCCAUGGAGUGGAGUAUGUUGCUCAACUGGCAACCCAUACCAAUAUAUACUGAGCCCGAGGCAACUGAUAAGCGCCUGCGGCAGAAGGCUCCCUGCCCCCGCUACGACGAGGCAGUGUGGGAGGUGAUGCACUUGCCGGAGGUUGUCGAGUUGCACGAGCAGAACUCGAAGCUGCUGCAGGAGCUGACCAACAUAACAGGUCUCAAUGUGAGCUAUACACACGACGUGACGAAUGUGUACAUCUCGCUGCAGUCGCAACAGGUCUAUGGGCUAAAGAUGCCCAAGUGGACGAGAAACUACUAUCCAGACAAAAUGCGACCACUGGCAGUCAAGUCAUAUACGUAUGAUGCCUAUACGACAGAAAUGCGUAAGCUUAAAGGUGGCUACUAUCUAGAAGACGUGCUCAAGCAGAUGCAGUCGAAGGUAGCUGGAAAACUGGAGCCAGCUAGCAGAAAGAUGGUCAUUUCCUGUGCACACGAUUGGACCAUAUCGAAUGUGCUGAGCGCAUUGAACGUGUGGCAGGGGCAGAUGCCCCGUUUCUCGGCACUAAUUGCCAUUGAGCUGCGCAGACGUAAAGGCAGCGGUGACUACUUUGUCGAGAUAUACUUCCAAAAUGAUCCCAGCAAGGCGCCGCAGCUGCUGCAGGUGCCCGGCUGCAGCGAACAGUGCCCCAUUGCCCAGUUCCAGGAGCUAAUAAAGGAUGUACUGCCCCAUGCUCCGUACGAGCAGCUGUGCAUCGCCAAGGGAACCAGUGAUGGGACUCGGAUCAGCUAUCACUAAUGAUCAGACAUACUGUUUAAGCCAGCAGUAUUAACUACAUAUUUUCUUUCUAUACUCAUAGCUACUCACUCAAUUUCAUAAUCUUUUUUAUAUUGAAUGAUUUUGAAAUCUUCUGAUUGAUUGCACGCUACAUGAAUAGCCCAGUAAAUUAUGCAUGUGAUUUGUUUCUCCAAGCUCUAACGAGGGGGUUCGAAUAGUUCUGUGGGGCUUCAAAUAUGUAUCCGUUCUAUAGUAUAGUAAAUAAAAUUGUACAUUGUGUGAAUAA